CUUAUCCUUUUCUCUCACAUACCAGAUAGAUUCUAAAUGUGUCUAUCUCUUUGCUAACACUGAUUCAAGUUUCUCAUCAAUGGCGGCCAUUAUUUCGUGCCACCGCUACUCUUCUUCCUCGCAAUUAACUUCGAAUCAGAAAUUUGUUAGCCAUAUCCUUCCUUCCAAGUGCUCCAGACGUCAAUUUUACCAUAAUGCCACCACUCAGCAGUUCAAACCCUUGUGCUCUUCACGAAAAUCAACUCCAUUUGUGCCCGUGGAUGAACAGAGGGAUAGGUCUUCUUCAAUAAAGAAAACUGCGAUUUCAAUUGCGUUGGCUGUUGGAUUAGUGACUGGAUUUCCUGAUUUGGGGUACUUAGGGCAGGCCAAUGCCGCUGCUAUUGCACCGGCAUUGCCCGAUGUUUCGGUUCUGAUCUCGGGCCCACCGAUUAAGGAUCCAGGGGCAUUGUUGAGAUAUGCGUUGCCUAUCGACAACAAGGCUAUACGGGAGGUUCAGAAGCCGCUCGAAGAUAUUACUGAUAGUCUUAAGAUUGCUGGUGUCAAGGCCCUUGAUUCUGUCGAAAGAAAUAUUAGACAGGCGUCGAGGGCUCUGAAGCAAGGUAGGACACUGAUUGUUGGAGGUCUUGCAAAAUCAAAGGUCGAUGAUGGUGUUGAAUUGCUAAACAAACUGGAAUUGGGAUUGGAUGAGUUUCAGAAAAUUGUCGAGGACAGGAAACGUGAUGCGGUUGCACCUAAGCAGAAGGAGCUGCUUAGUUAUGUUGGAGGUGUUGAAGAGGAUAUGGUUGAUGGCUUUCCGUAUGAAGUGCCCGAAGAAUACAGAAAUAUGCCGUUGCUUAAGGGGAGAGCAACUGUGGAUAUGAAGGUCAAAGUCAAGGACAACCCUAGCAUUAACGAAUGUGUAUUCCGUAUUGUCUUGGAUGGUUAUAAUGCCCCCGUAACUGCUGGAAAUUUCGUGGAUUUGGUGGAAAGGCAUUUCUAUGAUGGCAUGGAGAUCCAAAGAGCCGAUGGGUUCGUAGUGCAAACUGGAGAUCCCGAAGGUCCUGCUGAGGGAUUUAUUGAUCCUAGUACAGAAAAGACCCGUACAAUUCCUCUCGAAAUUAUGGCGGAUGGAGAAAAGGCACCCUUCUAUGGUGAAACUCUGGAAGACCUUGGUCUGUACAAGGCUCAAACGAGGCUUCCGUUUAAUGCAUUUGGAACCAUGGCGAUGGCUCGAGAGGAAUUUGACAACAACUCUGCCUCGAGCCAGGUAUUUUGGCUAUUGAAAGAAAGUGAGCUAACUCCUAGCAAUGCCAACAUAUUGGAUGGUCGAUAUUCAGUAUUCGGUUAUGUGACGCAAAACGAAGAUUUUUUGGCCGAUCUUAAGGUUGGUGAUGUCAUAGAGUCGGUUCAAGUCGUAGCUGGCUUAGAUAAUCUUGUUAAUCCGAGCUACAAGAUUGCUGGUUAAUUAAUUACCUGGUUUUGUCCUUUUUCUUGUUUAAGCUCAUAUUGUAUUCUUGUCUUGUAUCACAAAUCGAAAAUUGUCGAAAAUUGUUGAGGCAUUCGAAUUUGAGGGAAGACUGCAAAUCCUCCUCUGUAAUAAAACAAUUUUUUUAAGUGUGAAAGUCUUACAAUAUAAUUAUUCGGUUUGUUUGGUAC